AUGUCUCUAACAAAUGCAACGCCGCUUGAAGUGGCACAAGCUGCCCGAUUGGGAUCACGAAAACUUGCCAUCUUAUCGACCGAAGAGCGUAAUGCAUCUUUGACGGCUAUCCACGCAGCACUUGCUGCAGGAAAAGAGGAGGUAUUGGCAGCCAAUGUGAAGGAUUUGGAAUCUGCCAACAAAGCAGCCGCAGGGGGAACGCUGAGCGCAAGUUUGGUGAAGAGAUUGGACCUGUCGAAACCUGGAAAAUAUGAAGACAUGCUGCAAGGCAUUCUGGAUGUGCGAGACCUCGAGGAUCCCAUCAACAAGACGGUUUCACGCACGCUACUGGACGAUGGCCUACUCUUGAGCAGGAUCACGUGUCCGAUUGGGGUACUUUUGAUCAUCUUCGAAGCCCGUCCAGAAGUCAUUGCCAACAUCAGUGCUCUUGCGAUCAAAUCCGGAAAUGCUGCCAUUCUUAAGGGAGGACGAGAGUCCAGUCACAGUUUCGCGGCCAUAGCUUCCCUCAUCUCAAAAGCACUGGCAGGUACAGCAGUGCCGAGUGAUUGCCUGCAGCUUGUCCAGACACACGACGUUAUUGCCGAUUUGUUGAAACAGGAUACAUACAUUGACCUGUGCAUUCCAAGAGGAGGCAAUAAACUCGUCCGUUAUGUAAAAGACAGCACCACCAUUCCUGUUCUCGGCCAUGCGGACGGAAUCUGCUCAACAUAUCUCUGCGCAGACUACCCUGCCGACAAAGCCACACGCAUCAUCCUCGACGCAAAGACAAGUUACCCAGCUGGCUGCAACGCCCUCGAGCAACUCCUCGUCGAAGAAUCCGCACUCACAGCCACCCUCCCCACCAUCGCAGACGCCCUCCUCAAGAAAGGCGUCUCUCUCCGCUGCGACCCCGCCUCGCUCGCGGCCCUCUCCCAAACCCUAGAUGCCCACUCCGCCGUCCUCCUCCAACCCGCAGAACCAAAAGACUACAGCACCGAAUUCCUCGACCUCAUCCUCGCCCUCAAAACAGUCCCAGACGUCUCCCACGCAAUCCAACACAUCAACUCCCACGGCUCCCACCACACAGACGCCAUCCUCACCCUUGACGCCCCAACCGCUGAAUCCUUCCUCGCCGCCGUCGACAGCAGCAGCGUCUACUGGAACACGUCGACCCGCAUGGCCGACGGCCAGCGCUACGGCUUCGGCACCGAGGUCGGCAUCAGCACGAACAAAAUUCAUAGCAGGGGUCCUGUGGGCUUGGAGGGUUUGACGAUAUAUAAGUGGGUGAUCAAGGGGUGA